AUGCUAAGCUCGAGUAGGACGGUCAUACAGAAGUGGGCAAGUCAUGGCUGCAUACGUCAGGCGUCUGCAAGGCAUUUUGCACUUUCGGGAGAGGACAAGGCGUUGCUGAAGCAGCUAAGCGACACACUUGGCAAGAUAAAGAUCACAAGCUCGGAGGCGGAGGCGGCAUCAGACUUCAAUUCGACGAGAUCGUUGCCGGUCACGAUUUUUCCCAGGCAGCAAAUAGCGCGGGAAGUAGAACAGGACAGUAAGAUCGGCAGAUGGAGGAAACCAGCGGUAAAAUUGUGGAGGUUAGGCACUGCGAUGCUACGUAACUACCGUAUCGGGUUUUCCAACACUUAUCGGGUAUUUUGGGACACACGGCGCCUGCCAGAAAAGCUGGACACCGACCUAUUCCGCGCAAUCGAAUACAUGGAGAUGGCGGCGCGGGCGGCGCACACUCCUGUUUCACUUCCGCAGCUGGGAUAUGAGCGACGGCAGGUUCAGGAGUGGCGGCGGCGGGAACAGUUCUGGAAGCUGCCAUUGUUCGGGGUGCUGGUGCUGGUGUUUGAGGAGCUGGUCGUCGGACUGGUCUACCUGUGGCCCGGUUUGUGUCCGUGGAACUGCCUACUUCCGAACGCAUACCAGCGUGUGUCAGACAGGCGGACAGAACGGUUGGCCGUGCCGGUGGAGCCCACUCGGGCCCAACAGUAUUGCUCUGUAUAUGGUAUCCCGCGGGAUGCCCUCCUGCAGUACCUGAGAACGUUUGGCCUGAUAUCCCAUUUUCAGCAACUGGUGUACCGCCUCUCUGGAAAUGUAUACAUUCCAGCCGAGAGGCUGCAGCGUUGGCAACAGUACCUUUUUGUGGAUAACUGGAUGAUACUUCGCUCAUUGCUGGAAACUGAGAAGACACUGGCAAUAAGUGACCGGGAGCUGGUCAAUAUCAUCUUUGAGCGGCAGUUGUUCGAAAAAGGCGAAAAUCUGAACUCACUUGUUCAUGAUGAUAGCGGUCGCAUGCUACUUCUGCAGAGACUCCUUACAUACUUGAGCUGGCAAUUCAGCGGUACAGUCACUGUUGGCGGUGAUAAACUGUACAGCGAGAAAUGGGGCGCUAAUAAUAUUAGCGUGAUGAAUUUUCCAGGACCAGCUGAGAUCCGUUCCGUUGCUGCGGUGGUUGAGCAGCAACUGACGCAAGCAUUAAGCCUACAAACUAAAAUUGAGAGUAAAUAA